AUGGAUGGAACAAUCACAACUGCAAGCGGCAGGGACUCCUCAACUAGCGGCGGUGGAGCACAAGCGGCGCCGGUGCCGAUGGCGUCACAGUCGAAUGCGCCGCCGCCGUUUCUAAGUAAGACUUACGACAUGGUUGACGACCCGGCGACCGACGCUGUGGUGUCUUGGAGUUCGACGAAUAAUAGUUUUGUGGUUUGGAAUCCGCCGGAGUUCGCUCGCGAUCUUUUGCCGAAGUAUUUCAAGCAUAAUAACUUCUCCAGCUUUGUCAGGCAACUUAAUACUUACGGCUUUCGAAAGGUUGAUCCAGAUCGUUGGGAAUUUGCCAAUGAAGGAUUUUUGAGGGGUCAGAAGCACCUCCUUAGGACUAUCAGUCGCCGAAAACCUGCCCAUGGACAUGCUAGUCAACAGCCACAACAACCACAUGGACAGAACUCAUCUGUUGGUGCCUGUGUUGAGGUUGGAAAAUUUGGGCUUGAGGAAGAGGUAGAGAGACUUAAGAGGGACAAGAAUGUCCUUAUGCAAGAACUUGUUAGGUUGAGGCAGCAGCAACAGUCCACGGAUAGCCAGUUGCAAACCAUGGUGCAGCGACUUCAAGGGAUGGAGCAGCGUCAGCAACAGAUGAUGUCAUUCCUGGCAAAGGCUAUGCAGAGCCCAGGGUUCCUGGCUCAGUUUGUACAGCAGCAAAAUGAAAGCAAUAGGCGGAUAACAGAAGCCAACAAAAAACGAAGGCUCAAGCAGGAGGGUGUUUCUGAGGAGGAGGGUUCCAGUGCUCCUGAUGGGCAGAUUGUGAAGUAUCAGCCUCUGAUGAAUGAGGCAGCCAAAGCAAUGCUCAGGGAGAUCAUGAAAAAGGAUGCUUCUUCAAGGUUGGAAUCUUAUGACAACAAUCUUGAUGGUUUCCUGAUUGGCAAUGGCUCACCAUCAUCUAGUGCAAAAGACAGUGGAAGCUCUUCAAGCCGCACAUCAGGAGUGACUCUUCAAGAGGUCCCCCCAACUUCAGGGCAAUCCACUUAUACACCAGCAGCUUCAGGGAUUUCAGCGCAGGGCCCUAUGGCUUCCAUAUCUGAAAAACAAUCUUCCUUGAAUGCUGCUAGUUCUGAAAAGGUUACAGCAUCUCAGUUUCCGGAUAUAAGUAUGCUGGUUGGAGCUGAAGGGGCACCCUCCAUACCUAUCCCUCAGGCAGAUGUAAUCAUGCCCCAGGUUUCUCAAAUGCCAGAAAUGGUGCCAGAAAGUAUUGCUGAUAUUCCUGGUGAAGAUUACAUGGAACCAGAGACGAGCAAUGAUGGGUUCAUAGAUCUGGCUUCAUUAGGAAUUAAUGGAACAAUACCCAUAGAUAUUGAUAACAUCUCCCCCGAUCCUGAUAUUGAUGCUUUGUUUGAUAAUUCUAGUUUCUGGGACGACCUUCUUGUGCAGAGUCCAGUGCCUGAGGAUAUUGAAUCAAGUUCUGUAGAGGGUAAAGCUAACGUAAAUAAUGGGCAGUCAAUUACAAACGAGUGGGACAAAGUUCAGCAUAUGGAUCAGCUGACGGAACAAAUGGGGCUUCUCACAUCAGACCGCAAGAAUAUUUAA